AUGCAAGGCAUAGAUCGAGGGUGGCUUCAUCUCACGCCCAUCAUUGAGCUCUGUCUCAGCAUUCGACGAUAUACAACGGAAGAGCUAGUCUCUUUUCAGUGUGAAUAUGUGAUCACAGCGCGAUUUAGCCUUGCCGUACCGGAAUAUAAACGGGACACCUUGGAUGCAGAAAUAACCCAGCUUGAACUUCGGUCAUAUAUUUCGGAGUAUCUUUGA